AUGUCUGACUCGGACCUUAUGAAGAGUGGGGGACCAGCCAUCAGGAGCCCUGAAUGCCGUUCGCCUCCAACCCCCAGGAUGGAGCUGCUCAGCCCUUCCAAGGUGAAGGACCGCUCUCAGAACGUCACAGAGAAGGUCACACAGGUACUUUCUUUGGAGUCUGAUGUGCUGCCUGAAUACAAACUGGAGGUGCCAGAGACAACAUGGUGCAUCCUGCUUCACUACAGCCCCUUCAAGGCCUUUUGGGACUGGAUUAUUCUCCUGCUGGUCCUCUACACGGCUGUUUUCACUCCUUACUCGGCCGCCUUCCUCUUGGAUGAACACGGGGAUUUACGUCAAAGGAGCUGUGGCUACACGUGUAACCCUCUGAACGUGGCCGACCUUCUGGUGGACGUGCUGUUUAUUGUGGAUAUAGUCAUCAACCUUCGAACAACCUAUGUGGACCAAAACGACGAGGUGGUCACGCAGCCGAGCCGGAUAGCCAAGCACUAUAUCAAAGGCUGGUUCCCCAUCGAUCUGUUCGCAGCAGUCCCGUUUGACCUUCUCAUUUUCAGAUCCGGCUCUGAUGAGAUGGCCACCUUAACAAGCCUACUGAAAACAGCUCGCCUGCUGCGAUUGGUCCGUGUGGCCAGGAAGCUGGACCGAUAUUCUGAAUAUGGUGCUGCCGUCCUCUUUCUCCUCAUGUGCACCUUUGUGCUCAUCGCCCAUUGGCUGGCCUGCAUUUGGUACGCUAUUGGCUUUGUGGAGAGGCCGUACACGGAGACUGGCUGGCUGGACAACCUGGCCGAACAGCUAGGAAAGACAUACAACGACAGCGACUCCAGUUCUGGUCCAUCAGUCAAAGACAAGUACGUCACUGCUCUGUACUUCACCCUGAGCAGUCUGACGAGUGUCGGGUUCGGUAACGUCUCUCCAAACACCAACUCUGAGAAGAUCUUCUCCAUCUGCGUCAUGGUCAUUGGAUCUCUCAUGUACGCCAGCAUAUUUGGGAACGUAUCUGCCAUCAUCCAGCGGCUGUACUCUGGUACGACUCGCUAUCACACCCAGAUGCUACGCGUCAAAGAGUUCAUUCGCUUCCACCAAAUUCCUGGUAGUCUGCGCCAAAGGCUGGAGGAGUACUUUCAGCACGCCUGGUCCUACACAAAUGGCAUUGACAUGAAUGCUGUGUUGAAGGGAUUCCCUGGGUCUCUGCAGGCAGACAUCUGUUUGCACUUGAACCGAUCUCUGCUGCAGAACUGCAAUGCUUUCCGUGGAGGCAGUCAAGCCUGUCUGCGUGCCUUAGCGAUGAGGUUCAAGACAGUCCAUGCUCCUCCAGGAGAUAUUCUGAUCCACUAUGGAGACAUCCUGGACUCUCUCUUCUUCAUCUCACGUGGUUCCAUUCAGGUCAUCAGAGAUGAUGUGGUUGUAGCCAUAUUAGAAAGUAAUGACAUCUUUGGUGAGCUUAUCCACCUGUAUGACGAGCCAGGAAAGUCCAACGCUGACGUACUCACCAUCACCUACUGUGACCUGCACCGAAUUCUAAGGGACGACCUGCUUGAGGUUCUGGAUAUCUACCCGAGCUUUGCGGACAACUUCUGGAGCAACCUGGAGGUCACGUUUGACCUGAGAGACGCUGAUCAAGUGCCACCAAUAAUAACAACUGACGAUUCUGGUGAUGACUGCGGAUAUCGACACAAACCGAGGCACAAAAUGCACUCUCUGGACUGCCGAAUUAGGCCAGAUGGAAUUGAUCACGAAGACUCGUACCCGCUUCAAUCCUUCCAUCACUCACCUGCUCAGGCCCACUGGGAGGAUGGCUGUAGCUGUGGAUCCUUGUGUUCCGAGUCAAGUGAUGACAUGGAAAAAUCUUUUUGCCACGGUGCCAAAGAAGAGCUUUACCCUCCAGAAGAUGCCAACUAUUCUCCCUCUGUAGUGCAACUGCUGUCGCCAAGUGGCCCCUCAGUGGGGCGGGAUGCAGUGCUGGACCGGGGCCACCAAGCUUCUUCUUUGAAUGUGCCCGAAAAGUAUGGAUACUGGCCGGAGCGUCAGUCACCACAGUUUUCCAGUCGCGCCUGGCGAUCUUCUUCUGUCCGCAACUCAUACCACCCACCACCGUUCACAGAAGAAAGGCCCAGCGAGCUCGAGUCUCGACUUGAAGUCCUUCAUUCACAGCUCAACAGACUAGAGACUCGCAUGACGGCUGACAUCAACGUUAUUCUGCAGCUUCUCCAGAGGCAGAUCGCUCCUGUACCUCCAGCUUACAGCACUGUAUCAUCAACUACCCUCUCUACUGAUUCACCGGGUCUGUACGGGGCUGGAACUCCAGUGCUGCACAGCAUGUAUCCCAUUUCCCCAAUCCAGACGCCUACACAGGGCUCGGACCAGGCUGACCUUAAAUUCACCAAGAAGUCCCAGGAGUCCCUGUCCAGCGGCAUCCAUGUGACUGUGGCGUCUGAUGACACCAUGUUCAUGACCGUCACCCCCGAAACCGACACCCAUCCAGGGUUAGUUCCACAGCUGCCCCAGCCGUCAGUCAAGUCCUCCCUCAUGGCCAACUCCAGGCCUUGUGGAAACCUCCGCUACCCUUCGCUGCCAGGGAAUCUGGACAUCACCUCAGGACUGGCCGAAAUCCAAAAACACCUCUCAGAUCCUGUGCUGCCUGUCAUCUGA